GCGCCAGUCUCGCCGCGUGCGCUCCCAAACGCGCAUUAUUCAAACGAUACUCCUUUUUGAUACUAAAAUCCGAAUUAUGUACGUUAAAUAAUAUAUUGUCUAUGCUUUUUGCUCGUUAGUGUAAACUUUGCACUCUUAUAAACUAAUAUAGUGAUGGUUUUGGUGUGACACUUUUUGGGUUCACCCCUUUUUGUAAAUAACAGUGUGCUCGGUGCCUAUUUAUAAAGCGUGUUACAGUUAGAUCCAUAGAUAGCUAUAACUUUUUAAUUAAGAGCCCUAACAGAGUCCCGUGCCGGCCAAAGACAAGCGUUCCAAAUUUAAACUGGUACUAAAAUCGAAUUAGAAGUUAGUAGACGACUGUACUUUCGAAUGUGCGUAUCAUUCGAAUUAGGAAUUAUAUGGACCAUAGACGGUAAUUUGUUUUUUAUUAGUGUUGUAUGACAAUGGGGAAAAAGAAGAAACAAAACGGAAGAAAAGGCGGGAACAGAUUCUUUCGGUGGAUAAAGAGCGAUUUACCUGAUGAGGAGGACAAAAAGUCGCCGGUUCUUCUUCUAGGUGUUAACAAAAUAUCGGAUUCGCCGUCUUUCGUAAGGAGAAGAGCAAAUGAUCCUCAUGCCACCGGCUCGAUUAGAUUCUUCCGACCACCGAAGUCGAAGUACACGCGGGGCUUAAAUGGCGACGAACGGCUGGAGAAGAUACGACAGGACCUCCUCGUCCACAAACACAAACCUGACACGUACAUUCCAACUACAAGUCAUAAAAUUCACGUGGAGGCCGAUACUAAGAGGCCAUGCGUUAAACUCAGCUGCAUAGGCAAUUGCAUCUGCGACAGAAAACAAUCUUCCUCCAAUCGAGGCUCCUUCUCUUUCCAUCGACCAGACAAUCGCCAAUCCUCUCUAUGCCCUUCAGAAGCGUACAGGAAACCUGAUGACAGAGAUCCAGAUCAUUCAGAGCAAGAUAUAGAGUUUAAAUAUACAGAGCACAUUCCAGAAAAUCAACCGUCUAGCAGCAAGCAAAAUUCCUACAACGUCACGCCUAAAUCCACAGAACGAAGAAGCGUUUUGCUCUCCAAUCUCAAUGAGAGAUUUCGUAAAACUCUCAGCUUGGAUUCGCGGAAAAUUGAAACGAACCGCGUACCGUUAAGUCUACCUAAGGAAUCUAGACCAAAGUCAUUAGUCAACACAAGUAACAUCUGUGUUCAGCAAUACAGCUCUAGAGAUCCCUUUGUCGCGUCGAAUUUUGAUAAAUCCAGCCGGCCAAAGAAAAAACGGAAGUCUUUCUUCUCUUUGGAUACUUUUUUCGAUUCCAAGAAAUCGGAUACGUCAUCUAUAGACGACUACUGUUCGUCCAAAUAUAAAAGAUUUGAACUUGAAAGCGAUGAUUCUCCGUUAUUCAAACGGGACAGAGAGAAGACACCGGAUCUAUUGAAUUUGCCACUUAUAAUAGAUUCGGUGAGAAAAAAGCAAUCAGACACUCGUCGCCAAUUAGAGAAGCUAGAGAAUCAUUAUUACAAAAGUCUUACUAAACCACAGACAGUUAUAGACGCUGUACCGGCGGACGCGACUGACGAACAUGGUUUAAACGGACAUUCCAAUCACCUAUUCGUAUAUGACGAUGAAGUUGAAUACAUUGAGCCUAUACGAAGCAAUUUUACAAGUCAGAGCACAUUGAUAUUGGACAAGACUGGCGAUACACUGAAACCUGAUUCCAUACUAACUAUUAACACUGAUGAGACUGAUAUAAGACUACCAAGUUCUACUGUUUCGCCAAAGUCCAACGAAGUGCGUAUAGAACACGAUCUAGAUAGCAUAGGUCCGUAUGAGAUAGAGGUUAAACCGGCCGAUCUUUUGAAGAAUAGCUCAAAGAAAUUGGUUGUGAAAGUAAUGGAUAAGUCUGUGGACUCUAUCGGCAGUUGCUCGCUGGACGUCGACGCCAGCACCGAUUUUUCAGAUACCACAUCAGGAAGUUUGAAUCUCUUAACACCAUCGUCAACAACUAGUCGGAUAAAGGAAUUCACAUCGCGAAUACAAGAAAGGGCUGGUUCCCUACAACCAAAUAUCACUCCGACUCCACUUUCACCACCAAGAACUCCUGAAGAUUCAACACCAACACCAAAACAUACUCAAAAGUCAGAAAACCUCCUAAAACCACCUCCAAAGAUCCUCGUAGACUCAUCCAGCCACAGAUCGCGAAGUCAUCACAAAAAACGCGACGAUCCACCGCAAAAGAAGCCCAGCUAUUUAAAUUUGGCAUGCUCCGUCAAUGGUUACACAAAUCUCACGACAUACGAUUCCAAAUUACGCCAGGACAUCAAUAAAAGCCGCGAAGCAUCACCCAUAAGGCCGAUAACACACACUUACCAAUACAGGAGCGAAAAUAACUCGCUUCUCGUGCCAGUGCCCGUCAGCGCUAACAAACUGCUGGUGCCGACGUUCGUUCCUCAUGAUACUCGGACGAAUUUGACACCAAAAGCGCCUUCAAAGGCGCACACGGAUCCAUAUAUAGCUACGCCCUCCCAUGCUUAUAUGGCUGCUGAGAAUAAGCAGUUGAAGAACGACUUCCUGGGACCAACGAUGACGACCACCAGUCGUUCUUACAUAUCGACUGAGAGCAAAAACUUUGCGUCCUCAAUGCUUCAGAAGGAUGAAGUGGAUAAUGCUAAAGAAGUAGCCUUUAAGUCUAGUUAUUCGGAAUCAAAUUUUAGGCAAACGGUAACAACGAAUGGCAAGGAGAGUAGGUUUAGUGCUGAAUCCUAUACUAUUUCGUCCAACGAAGUUUCGAAGAGGGUAGAGAUAACUAAGGAAAAUGGGGAGCAAUUGACGAGCCCCAUGAAAAGUUUUAUACAGCAGCGCGUCGAGCGUCUGUACGGACCAGGCGCGUUGGCGCAAGGCUUUUUCAAUCAGAAGCGGCACAAAUUGAAGAGUUCGAGCGAGGACGAUGAGGCCAAAGUCCUAACAGAGAAAUCUCUGAACUGCCAGAGCGAUAGGUUCGUAUCUCCGCGCAGAUCAGACGACAGCUUCGACAGUGAAAACAGCAGUCCUACAAAAGAAGACUCGUCUGUCCUACCGGUUAUGAGGCAUUUGCGGCCGGAAUUCCGUGCGCAAUUACCAGUUUUAUCCCCCAGGAAGAGUAAGGCGGAUUUGUCGCCUCAGAAAUCGGAUAUUCCGCAAGAAAAGACUGAUGAGAAAGUUAGUGAAGUAGCGAAUGGUGAUACUGUGAUAAUAGACGGUGUGAAAACGAAUGGUGUGAACGGUGUGGGGACGAGUAAUGGGGAGGUAGUUAAAGACGCAUAUUAUUUCAUCGAUUUGGAGAAGAAGGAAACGGAGCGGCUGAUUGCGCUCGCCGUUGGAGCUGAGAAGGAAUUGGAAAGCUUACAGAACCAAGAGAAUGUUAGUGAAGAAGUGUUGGGAUUGCUCCGAGCGGCGUCAGGCAAAGCCAGACUGCUAGCUACGCAGAAAAUGCAACAGUUUGAAGGCCUCUGCUACAACAAUAUAAACGAGCGUGGCGACGAGCAGUUCCCUACAACAUUGGAAGAUCUACAGGGCUUCUGGGACAUGGUCUGCUUGCAAGUCAGGAAUGUGGACGCACUGUAUGCACACAUUGAUGCGUUGAAAGCUAAUAAUUGGCAAGAGAUAGCGGCACCAAUAGCGAAACCCACGGCUUCUCCAGCAAGAGGCAAAGUUGUUCGCACUCCACAAGUGAAAAAUGAAAAGGCAAGGCUCGCUGCGGAGAAGAGAGAAGCCGAUAGGAAAGCUAUGUUGGAGCACCGCAGGCGUGUAGCCAGAGAGAGACAACUGGCCGCGCGUGCAACCGUCGCCGGUCAGAGCCAAGAGAGAGACAACGAUAUGGGAGUUGAAGGGAGUCAGGAGGUGGAAAUAUUCGUCGGCAAAAGCGCGCCAAAAGUGAUGCCGAAAGGAGAUUCGUUGAGCGCCAACCAAUCGGACGCGUCUUUGGAACAGAGCUGAUCUUAACGCGAAAUUAAUAUAUAUUUUAUGGCUUUUACUAAUUAUUAAUAUGAAUAAAACAAUAUAUGAGAAAUUUUUAAUUAGCAUUUGGAUGGAAUAAGUAAAUAUUAAAAUGUAACCAACAGUAUAUAGCUUCAUAGUUGAUAUUGGAAUAAAGGUGCUUUUACACAAAUGAUAUGCGAGAAUGUGUGGAGGAAUGUGUUUGUAAAUAACCAAUAGUAUCGCUUCAAACUUAAAACUAAAUGAAGCAAUAUGAUUGGUGGACAAAUACAUUUCUCGUUACACAUCUUCGCACAUUAUUGGUGAAAAAGCACCCUUAAUUUAAAAAUGUAUUGAAGAUAUGUGUUUAAAAAAUUAACGUUUGUAGGUCUGUCCUUGUAAUGGGAACAAAUAUGGUCUAAUUAUGAUUAAAAUCAAGUAUUAUAGUUGUUAGUAUCCUUUAGAUGCAAUAUUCAAUGUUAGAGGUAAAAUAUUGGAAAAUAUAGCCUGAGAAAUUAAUAUUACUUAAAAUUGUAAUUCUGUCUACUUAAAGUUUAAUAUGUUAUUUAUUUUAUGUAAUAAUAUAAAUA